AAUAUAUAUCCGAAAUAAUCCAUUGGAGGACUUGGACGAACUAACUUUUUUCAAAAGAUUUAGGUUGUACAAAACAACAGUUAUUGAACUUAUGAGAGUGUUACAACCGGAUCUAGAAUAUCCUAAUGAAUUAAAUAACAGUGUCUCUCCAGUAAACCAGUUCCUGACUUGUUUAAGAGUAUAUGCUACUGGUGGUCAUUUAAGUUCUGUAGCCGAUUUCACCCAAAUGGAUACAUCUACAGUUAGCCGAAUCGUCCAAAAAGUUUCAAUGUGCUUGGUUCGGUUAGCUCCAAGAUAUAUUAAAAUGCCAGUAGCACAUGAAUUUAGAAGAAAGCAGACUAAAUUUUAUAAUAUAGCCAGACUUCCUAGAGUUUUAGGUGUGGUAGAUGGUACACAGAUUCGUAUUCAGUCUCCAGGCGGGGAAGAUGCUGAGAUAUUUCGCAAUCGGAAAUCGUAUUUUUCCAUUAAUACCCAAGUAAUAUGUGACGCCGAUUUAAAAUUUAUCAAUUUGGUUGCUUCUUGGCCUGGAUCUUCGCACGAUUCAACUAUUUUUAAUAAUAGUAAUGUUUGCACGCGAUUUGAAAGAGGAGAAUUUGCAAAUGGAAUUUUGCUUGGAGAUAGCGGUUACCCUUUAAAAAAUUUCUUGUUGACACCACUGCGUAACCCAAAUAAUCGCGAACAAAAUUUGUAUAAUGAAGCUCUAAUUCGCACAAGAGUUACCAUUGAGAGAGCAAUUGGUGUGUGGAAAAGGCGCUUUCCUAUCUUGGCAUAUGGGUCUCGAUUAAAAGUCGAGACAACUUUAUAUAUAAUAACUGCCACCGCUGUUUUACACAAUAUUGCACGGGAAAUGAAUGAGCCAGAGCCCCCUCAAGGAGACGAAAUAAGUAUUAAUGAACUUGAUUAUUUGAUUGAUAUUGGCCAAUUGCAAGAUGUUAACAUAAAUAAUAUUUCCAACAAUACACAGCAACAAUUUGUUAAUUACUUUGCAAGCUUGCAAUAAAAUUAGUCAAUAAUUUUUAUUUUUUUUUGGUGAGGUUUAGGAUUAGUUAAGUAAUUACAUGUAGAUUGGUUUUAUUGUUUGUAGUAGUAGUUUUAGUAAGAAAAUGUAUUAAUAAAAAAUUGUUAAAAAACAUCUGUAUUUAAAAAAAAAACUUGCAACGAACUAAAUUUGACAAUUGAUAUAAUAUACAACAAAAAAUAUAUGAAUUAGCAAUUA